AUGUCGCUCGGUCCACUUACGACGAGCUUCACGCCACCAGCCGACUGUGUCGCAUCGUCGGCGUUGUACUGGGUCAACACCGCUUCAACCUUCUACUGGCUGCAUGGCCGCCCGGGACAGUCAUCAUGUUUCCCUGACGACUACUCUCCCUAUCAAAAUCAGUAUUACAGUCCUGGUGUAUGCCCUUCUGGCUAUACACGCGCCUGCGAGUCUAUAUCGACCCAGGAUGAUACAAUCGUCGCCACGCGGGCGACAUGUUGUCCGCAAGGGAAUUACGAAUGUGCACCUACGUCGAGCAGCUAUAGCUACCCAUGGGGACCAACGCUGGGUUGCAUGUCCGUAUACAGAGUAGACACGGAGACAACCUUCACGACGAUCGAUGGCACACUGAAUGGGGAUGAGGAAGCUGGGUCGUUAACGAGUUUGUUCGCCCCCGGUACCAUCAUGGCAUACGGCGUUGUGGUCCAGAAUAGUCCCGCGACAACGACGGCAGAGGAGACGGCAACCGCAGUUUCCAAGUCACUAUCAGACAACUCCGCCCCCGCAUCAGAAACUUCGCCCUCGACAUCAACAACAGCGGAAGCGCAAUCUGAUAACAACGGGGAUACCAAGCUUAGUACCGGCGCCGCCGCCGGUAUCGGUGUUGGUGCUGCAUUUGUGGUUUUGGCCUUGGGCGCGGUGGUACUAUGGAUGUUCUGGUCGCGACGGCGGAAGAGGAGGCAAGAGACGGCAGAACUACAAGCCCAAGAAAGCAUGAUGGGCCCUAAUAACUGGAGCUCGACGACAUGGGGCGCACCGCCCUUUACUCAACCGCCGACGCACGUCAACUGGCCGCCGUCAGAGCUGUCUAAUGAGCACGGCGUCAAAGAGAUGAGUGCCGAAUCUCGAAUACCUAUCGAGGCGGACAGCAGAGCAGUGUAUCAACGAUAA